UUGUUCCAUCAGAAUUUGAAUUUUAAACGGCUCUGAAUUUGUCUUUGUGAAUUAUUUUACUCUGAAAAAGAGCAUCUGAAUUUUUUUUUCUUCUGAAUUUGAAGCACUGAAAUUUCAGUGUAUAGUUUUCAAUGUGUUUAAAAUUUCAAUUUUUUUAAAAUUAAAAAUCAUCUAUAAAAUAUUGGAUGUAUUUUUUUUCAAACCCUCAAAUACGACUGUCUAAAUUCGCAUUGUAAAAUACGAUGAAGAAAAAUGACCCAGCCAACAUCCGGGAUACUGAGGCAUUUGCAAUCGCUCUUGCAGAGUCGAUCUAACUUCUAGCCAAUCACGCAACGGUAUAGUAGUCACGGGAACAACCACAAGUCCACGGACGGAAAUGGCAGCCGGUGGCCGCUCUUCGGAUCUCCUGAACCAAGUUUUGAGACGACUUCAGUCUCGCCUGGAGCUUAUUCUGGAACGUAUUCCUUUGGAUUUGGACUUUUUGGAGUUCACUUGCACCCAGGAGUUUGUUUUCUUGCAUGCUCUGUCUAGUCAGGUACCCAUAUCUGCAGAAAUAUUAAAUGCAUUAAUGGAAUUGCACACUCUGGUGAAUCAUGAAAAGGAAAGAAACAGAGCACAUGCUCGAGUAGUACAGUUUGAACAAGGACCAGCUGGGCGACAAAGAAUGGUGGUGUCCUCAGACCACCUCCUACAUCUACUUGAACUGAACUUGUCUGUGCCAUCUAUAGCCAAACUCAUGGGAAUCUCCAGGAGCACACUAUACAGGCGUAUGGGCGACUUUGGUGUCUCAGUGAGAUCACAGUACUGCACCUUGACAGACGAAGAACUGGACCAAUGUGUGAGAGAGGUAAUAUCCAGGCAGCCUCACUCUGGAUAUAGAAUGGUGAAGGCUCUUCUGCAAGCCAGAGGACUGAGGGUGCAGUACGAGCGUGUGAGAGCCUCCAUGCACCGUGUCGACACCAAUGGAGUCAUAUCUCGAACACUUAACCUGGGCUGCAUCAAUCGCCGUACCUACUCUGUUCCAGGACCUCACUUCCUGAUGCAUAUUGAUACGAACCAUAAGUUGAUCCGGUAUUCUUUUUACAUUACAACAUUAUUAGUAUACUGCUGCAUUUGUUUUUUAACAUUUUUUAUUUUAUAUUAUAGGUAUAAUAUUGUCAUAUUUGGAGGGAUUGAUGGGUUUUCCCGUAAGAUUAUGUAUCUGGGUGCAUCCUCCAACAACCUUGCAUCCACAGCUCUGGCUUUCUUCAACAGAUCAGUUGACAAGUAUGGUUUUCCUCAAAGAGUUCGUGGUGAUCAGGGGGUGGAAAACGUGGAUAUUGCCCGUCUCAUGUUCACAGCCCGUGGAACAGGAAGGAGCAGCUUUAUUUCUGGGAAAAGUGUACACAACCAACGCAUAGAAAGGCUGUGGAGAGACCUAUGGGUGGCUGUAACAAGCAUCUAUUACGAUGUUCUCCACUACCUUGAAGAGGGCGGUUUUCUCAGCAUUGGGAGUCUUGUACAUCUCUUCUGUUGCCACUACGUGUUUCUGCCACGCCUACAGGAAGACCUGGACACCUUUCGAUGUGGUUGGGAUAACCACGCACUGAGAACUGAAGGCAACAUGACUCCAAACCAGCUGUGGGUUCUGGGUCAAACACACCACUCUAAUCCUGGACCAUAUCAUACAGAGGAUAUGGACCUGCCCCAUAUUGAAUGGGAAAACAGUGGGCUUCCUCAUGAUGAGCAUGCAGGCAUUGUGGUACCAGAUAUGUCCUCUCCUCUAACUGAUGAACAACUGACAGCUUUAAAGGAGGCUGUUAACCCAAUGGCAGCAUCACAAUCCUUUGGCUGUGAUAUUUAUAUGGCCGCUGUUCUUUACUGUGAGCAUUUGCUCUCUUUGUGAAUGAAUCAUAAAUAGCCUUUAAUUUUUUGUCAAAAAUGAGUGGACAUGUUAAAUGUUAAGUGUAUUGUGUGUAAGUAAGUUUAUUAUUAAAAGUUGUCCACAACAAUCAUAAAAGGA